CAGCCAGCUAGCCAGUCGGGUAACGGUCGCGGCGCGGUACACGCCGGGUCACCUUCCACUCUCGCGCACUUAUCGGGCUUUCGCCAUAUUAGAUUUCUAUUACAAACCAGUUUCAUUAAAAUGUAUCAAAAUGGUGAUUCUUAAGCUCGAAAAAUGCCGUCGCGAAACUAAGGUCACAGAGUUCAGUAUGUUCGUUGAACCUAACCACCCCAAGAGGUUUUUCAAGUACAGUUGACCAAUAACUCGCCCGUUCCGGGAUUUUCGGUUUGUGUUCUGGAACUGUUAACCCUUCAAGCCGACUAGGAAAGUGAUCGUUCCCGCGCGUUGUGAGUUUCUAAUUUUGAAUUUCGAACAUUAACCAUAGAUUUUGGCAGUUGACGUUUUGAAAUUUCCGAAUCAUGGAGAAGCAAAAGUACAUACGCAUACAGUCUUAUGGCAGUAUGAGUUCAGCGAGAAGUAGUGACGAUAUGACUGUGCACAGCCAGUUGUUCCCUUAUCCGAAGAAAAUGGUUGUUGAGAGAGAAAUUUUGUACGAGGAAAAGCAUCCACCGUUUCAACCGCUGUUCGCGACGACAAGAUUAUUCGGCAAAUCUAGAUUUACGCUACUACUGGUCUCCUAUAUAAUAUUUUACUUCACAUAUUUGAUAUCUGGAGCAUUUGUAUUCUCGGCUUUGGAAGCACCCUUGGAGAAUCAAAUAAGAUUGGACGUGAUUAGAGCUAAACAAGACUUCAUGGCGAAACAUCCUAAUGUUACUGACGAUGAUUUGGAGACACUGCUGGACGAGGUGGUCCGCGCCAGCAACAGGGGGGUGUCAGCUUCCCGCAACUCCAGUGGCGGGCCCAACUGGAGCUUUGGACAGUCGCUGUUCUUCUCAUCAACUGUGGUUACCACCAUAGGCUACGGUCACGUAACACCCUUGUCCAAGCCGGGCAAGCUGUUCUGCAUGGUAUACGCACUGCUCGGGAUCCCGCUGACGCUGGUGCUGCUCUCCGCGCUAGUGGAACGUCUGCUACUGCCUGCCACGACGAUGCUGAGGGCCCUGAACGCUUCUCUCGGCCACCUGUACCGCCCAUUCACCAUACGACUUGUGCAUUUGAUGAUUAUUGUGACAACGAUGGUAGUGUUCUUCCUGGUGGUGCCAGCAGCUAUAUUCGCGAAUCUAGAGCCGGACUGGGAUUUCCUUGAUUCCUUCUACUACUGCUUCAUUUCUCUGACCACCAUCGGACUGGGUGAUUACAUCCCCGGCGAUUCGCCCGGACAACUAUACCGACCUGUGUACAAAGUGGCUACCACUUUUUACCUCCUUAUCGGACUGACAUUCCUCGUGCUGACGCUGACCGUCUUCUACGACAUACCUCAACUGAACCUUAGCACUGUGUUCUCCUCCGUAAAACUGGACGAAGAUCCUGAGAAGAUGCGUCUCAGCGGCUCCGGGAUGAUGGGCCCAGGGUACGGGAUUGGAGGGCUGGUGAUGAGAGAUGACUACAACCACCACGACCAGCGUCGUUCGGUGGUCCACAUUAGACCACACUUGGAUGAUAGUCCAAGCCCCGAGGACACUACACCGGUUCACGCCAGAGACAUGAGGGUUCAUUGAAGAGAUAGUCCAAAACUCAGACAUCUCAUGACUCCACUACGGCUUUCGUAUUUUUUUAAUUUAUAUUGUUUAUUGUGACAUCAUUGGUGAUACAGUGAUAAGCUGUCGAGUGCUACCUUAUGUCAUUAACUACUGUGACGAAAUUGAACUUACAGAAAGUGAUCAUAAUAAUUACAAUUAUUAUACUAUGAUUUACAAUGUAAUGACACGUAAUUAUAGACUGGCUGGCAUAGAAUACCAUUAGCAUUAAGCCCGCUUUUUAAAUCACUUUUUAUUGAUCGUAAAGUUUAAAUAAAAAAAUAAAAACUUACGUAAAUCGGAACGGAUUACAUGCAAGAAGCGGGCGUUACAUUUAAAAUUAACACUAGAACAUUGCAUCUAUUAUGCAACUUUAUAAUAUUACACAUGUUCAAACAAUUUUUUUUCUAUAAUAGCCAGCCAAUCUACGUCUACAAAUUCUUUUUCGUCGCAGUAGUUCGACUGUAUGGAGAAAUAGGAAGCAUUCGAUUGUGGAAAUGCAAAUGUAAUGAAACACUCUUCUGUGGAACAUUAAUUGAUUGAAAAUGGCUGCAUGUCGUUUUAUUUUUGGUAAUAAAUUUGUUAACGUCUUUAAAAAUUACUAUAAAAAUAUCAAUUCGAACGAUCUUAAAUUCCUUAUCGUUUGAAUAAUUUUCUAAUUUAUUGGUGUUUGCAAUAUAUUUAAUAUAUUUAUAAUUCGAUUAUACUCGUAAAUGUAACGUGGUAGAUAUUUUAGCGAAUAAUUUGGCAGUGUAAGCUGGAAUAAUAGUUAUUUUCCUGAGAUGUCACGUCUAUUAAAUGGAAAUACCUAUAACAGUGUCUAAGUAAUAUCGCGGAAUGAUAAAAAAUAUUUUUAUAGGUAAUUAAGUGUAGUCUUUAUUUUUAAGUUAAUUUGAUUAUCGUAAUGUUUUCUAUGCUUAUUUUGCACUAAAUGAAAUUAACUAGUCUAGGUCAUCAUACCUAAUAGUAAGCGUAAAUUUAAUGAGUGUUGAUUUAAUAAAAAAGAAUCUAAUUAAAAUAAAUAUUUUCAAAAACCCUUUAUCACAUACCGUCCCUUGUGUUUGAAUAACAAAGUAUAUCAUCCCCUUUAUUUAUUCGUUUAAAAAUAAGAAAUCAAAACACAUCUGGUAAAGCUGGUCGAACUGAGCUGGUACGAUAAUAAGACUGACGAACUUUUUUCAAUUUUUCACACUUUUCUAAUUGAUUUUUAAAUUUUUUACGCGUGCGUCUAACACGACGGGCGAAGGGUCGGACGAAAUAUGUUCAAAACCUGACAAAACAGUGUUAUAGCAGAACAGACUGACUACCAUGUCUCUCUAUAAACGUAUACGUCUUUUAAAAUAUACACGUAAAUAAGAAUUUAUAAAAAAAAACACAUUUUCAAACUAGUUGCAUAUUAAAUGUACAACUCUACAUAAACUAUCUAAUUAAAAAUGGGAGUGUCUAGCUAAAUACUGUCUGUUAAUUUGUUUUUUUAUUAUUUUAAUAUUCUAUGGUAGGUAUGAUUAUUAGCUGUAUUGAAUGGUUUAAAAUAAGUAAGUGUAUUUAAUAUGUAUAUCUAUAUUGAUGGCAAACGAGUAAUUAUAAAAAGAGCACGCACUUAAUGCGUCGAAUAAGCCGUAGAUAUGGAAAAUCGUAAAGAACACAUAUGGCAAUACAAAUGGAAUGGUAAAAAGUGGACUAUCUUAGCCACUAUCUGUCGCUUAUACACAUAAACUACCAUAGAUAUCACAAAGAUCCCAUCUAUGCGUAAUAAUUAAAAAUAAAGGCUUUUCUUCCAACAUGCAAACACAGCUGUUUGAUUGUUGUAAUAGUAGAUGGGGUAAAGUAAGUGUUUAAAUCGAUGCAUUUUGCACUGAUCAUAUCUGAAUUUUUAUGAAUCUUUAACCGUAAUAAGGAUUUAUUCAAAACUAUUUUCUUCUACUUUUUUUGUCAUCCCCUCUUUUCUCACUUUUUAUCAUAUUGCUCUUUAAGGAUAUUGUUAGAUAUGUGGGUAGUACUGAGCACGUACAGGUGGCUACUUCCACCUUUAUCCACGCCACGCUUGGCAGGCGGGUUGACAACCGCAGUCAUUCUGCUCAUUUCUCGACCCUUAAACUCCUUUAGUCACCUCUUACAACAGUCACAGGAAAGGAAGGGAUGGUCCAUUCUAUGCCUGAACCACACGGAAAUCCAUUCAGAAAUUAAAGUAGCAAUUUUCAGAUCAUCCGCGGCUCUUUCGACGCGUUCCGCGCCCUGCGUGCUCAUCACAAUUUAUCAUGAUAGAGUAAAUUAAAAAGUAUAAUUAAAAAAAAAGUUGAUGUAAAAAUUUGACGUACGUAUCAAUUAUGUGUGAUAGAUGACCAAUAAUUUAGUAGUCAUUGGAUUUAUCAAAUAAUAUAAUAUAAACAAAUAUAUAUAUAUAUGUCUUGCGUAGGAAAAUAGAAAAAAAAAAUAAAGAUAUAUCUAUAAAGCUUAAAGAUUUGUAUUUAAUAGUAUUAAAUAGAAUAGAAAAUAAAAAAAAAAUGUUUAUACGUCAUUUGUAAAAUGAAAACGUGUUUGUAUUAUCUACCUAUGUGUGUAUUCACUGAUCUAUUCACUAAACUAAUGCAGAUUUUAUGAAACGUUUCUUGUUUUGUAAAUUUUCAUUAUUUGUACAGAGGAAUCACUGUAGAAAAUUAUAUAUUUGUUUUAAAAAUAUGUGGCUGUGACACAAAAUGAUCGGAUCAUUGUAACAUUGUAACGUUUUGUGAGAAUCUAAAUAAUGAAAUAACGUCAUAACAAUUUGAAUCGAAAUACAAUCGAUGACAAUAUUAUAAAACUUAUGAACAAAGUCAAAGAUUUAUAUCAAUUUAAAAUAUUUUGUUACAUUAAUAGAAAAAGAAUAAAAACUUUUAUUUAUUUAUUUAAAUUUAUAAACAAUGGUGUCGAUUCCGAAAUACUAUUCUCUAAAACUCAAAAUUACAAUUUCAAAUCACAAUUAAGUACCAAAUUUAAAAUAAGAACUUACCUAGAACUGAUUCUUCAAUAUACAUUUUAAUGACAUUUCAGAAUCGAGCCCAAUGUAAAAAAUUAAGGGUACUUUUGUCUGAAUGUAAAUGGAUUAAAUAUAGGUGGAUGACACCUGUAUUGAGUGAUCGAACGGUUUUAUUUAUAGCAAUAAUUUACAGGGAAUGACUAUCGAAUUUUGAACACAAUAUUCCAGUAUUUAUUAGAUCAAUCUAACCAAUGCUUGGUCUAUUUUUUCAUAUAUGCCGCUCCGGGCAAAAAUGAAUAUUUCCUGCCCAUUUGUAAUAAAUUACUAUGUUAACUUGCUAGUGAUAGAUCGGGCCCUAAAUCUACACAAUUAUAUAUUAUCAGAAUUUAAAUAAGAAUUAAUGUUAUAAAUGUGUAUUCACUUACUACAUUAUAAUUAUUGUGUAUUAGACGAAUAUUCGUAUGACUCAAUACAUAAAAAUAUCCAUAUCUAUUAGUACCCAAAUAGACAGUAGACAACGGUAAUAAACACAAAAUGCCUCGAAUGGAUUAACUGCAUUAUAGACAAACUGUAUCUGAAGUAAUUCAUAAAUAAAUUGGCUUGGAAAUGUA